AUGUCACCGCCUGCAAUCAUCGCGCCUUCAAUUUUGUCGGCAGACUUCGGAGCCCUGGGCAAGGCUUGCUCAGACACCAUCUCUCAGGGUGCCGACUGGCUCCAUGUUGAUAUCAUGGACGGGCACUUUGUGCCCAACAUGACCUUUGGUGCACCGGUUGUUACCAAGAUCCGCUCCCACGUCGACCGACCCACUAUCGCACAUGGAAAGGGAACAUUUGAUUGUCACAUGAUGAUCGCAGAGCCCAAGAAGUGGGUGCGCGACUUCAAGAAGGCAGGAUGUGAUCUGUACUGCUUCCACUACGAGGCCGCCAUAUCUUCAACAGCUGCAGAGGAGCCUUCUGCAACGUCUGACAAGAAGACAUCACCGAAAGAGUUGAUCAAAUACAUUCACAGCGAAGGUAUGCAAGCUGGUAUCGCUAUCAAGCCAAGCACAAAGGUCGACGUUCUGUGGGAUAUUCUCGCGAACGCGAACAAAGAUGAGGUACCCGAUAUGGUUCUCAUUAUGACCGUCGAGCCUGGCUUUGGAGGUCAGUCGUUUAUGGCUUCUGAGCUUCCCAAAGUCACUGCUCUCCGCCAAAAGUACCCUGAGCUUCACAUCGAGGUUGAUGGUGGUCUGUCUGAAAAGACAAUCGAUCAGGCCGCCGAUGCCGGCGCCAAUGUAAUUGUUGCUGGGAGCGCUGUAUUUGGAGCAGCUGACCCAGGCGACGUGAUCAAGAAGCUUCGAGAAGCUGUCGAUGCACGAAGAGGGAAAUUGUGA